AUGGUUUACUCCAAUUAUCCUAUGUUGAACGGUCCUAGCGAUAGACCAGUUUUUGCCAUCAUCGGUGGCGGUAUUGCUGGUAGUGUUCAAGCGAUUCAUCUCGCAGAACGAUACCCCUGGCUAGAUAUUUACAUUUUCGACAAGAACAAGAAAAUUCUAACAGGAACCAGCAAUAUGAACCCUGGCCGGCCAACGUUCGGGUUUCAUUAUCGCUGUUUAAACACCGCUACCUUCUGUCAGGAUAAUACUGUCAAAUUCACCAAUUUUCUCGACCGCAUUGGAUGCCCGAAUAUUUUCGCUAAGGCACCGCAAGGCGGAAUAUAUGUGCUCAUGAAGGGAGCUGCGCAGAUCCUCAAUGGCUCUAUUAACCCGGUGUUUAGCCCGGAUGAGAUAGAGCCUGUCUUUGAACAAAUAAAGGAGCACGCUAUCAAGAACUACUCGAAUGACAAUAAUUUUAAGAAGCAUUUUGGUUCUCCAGACCAGAUAUGCCGAAAACUCGAAGAAACCGAAUACAGAAGCUUCCUCGCCCAAGGGCUACUUGAAGGAGUAGGAGCCUGCUAUGAAACCGCCGAGAAAACCUUCGAUACUGUCGGUAUAUGUUCCUUCUUGCGUGAAUACAUCAAGGGGAUCAAGAAUAUCAAGAUUCAAACCGAAGCUAAGGUCACUUGCCUGGAGGAAAUUCAUCAGUCAAAGGCCGCUCGUUACCGCAUCACUUGGAACGAUGCCCGUACCAACAAGUCCCGAUCUGAAGUUGCACAGUUUGUUACCUUAGCAUGCUGGGAGCGUGUAGGGCUCUUUCGGAAGCAGCUCGGUAAACCGGAGUGCCACCCUACAUAUAACCGGCUCAAGAUGCUGGCUAUUCUUGAAACUGAAGUCGCAGCCGACUGUGUUAAUACGAUUCGUCCCAUUUUUGCCGCAUCCGGCCCUUUCAGCAUGAUAUCACCACAGUCAUGCAUCGAAAAGCCUGACGGUAGCAUUAUCUGCAGACUCGCUUGCACAUUGGCAAUUAGAACCAAUGUCAUGAAUGUUCCGGAUGAUAGAGUACUGCCUACAGACUAUGACAACAUGCUUGAGGGUACUAUUGACGCUGAAGAGAAAAUGAAGAUGGCAGCACCGAUCCUUGAAGGUGCAAAGCAAUUCUUCUCCUGCCUAAGUAAUGCCAGAUUGGCGGAGGUUCGCUUUGGCACCGUCAGAGUCCCGUUCGGUGCAAGUGGGAAUGUGGAUUUGCACGAUCCAGCAAGUGAGCAUCACGCCAGGGACUACCCUGGGUGUAGCAAUCUUGGCGAUGGGUUAUUUGUAAACGAGGCAAUGAAGAUGAUUUACAGCGUGUAUAAUGCUGAGACGAUGUUGGAUUGGGCACACGCUGAACUCUAUGGAAUGAAUCCUAAAUUGACUCACGCCCCGGAGGCUAAGGCGGCUACAAAGGGGCCCUGGCUAGUAUCAAUAACUCUACUCAUUCCUUAA